AGUUAUUUGAGGGAGGCGCUAUAACCAUAUCUCCACUUUACAACAAAAAAAAAGAAAGAAAAAAGGGGGAGAACUAACGGCAACGUCUUGAAGGAAUAGAUCAACUGAAGCCGUGCAAACAGACUUCGCGCUCCGUCGCGACGGAGCACAGCCGCGGGCACCGCUAUAACUUCACUCGCCAGAUGCGCUGCAAAGCCGAAGACGCAACGCGAACGAACGGAGGCUUGUAACCAAGCUCGACUCUCGUUACCCCCCCCCCCCCCUCCCGAGUGUAUGUGGAGGUCAACGGACACUUCUAUGAGAAUCCUCGCUCCGCGGCGAGACGAAGUUUGCUUGUUUUCCUAACCGGGGGUGCGGGAGUCGAGGAGAGCCGCAGGAAGAGUCCGGGGGGAAAGAUGGUUUUGGACGGUGCUUUGCGAGGCUUGCUGUGCCUGCUGGCGCUGUGGUUUGGCUUUACGUCUCCCCCGUGCAAAGCUCGGAUUUACACCAACCAUUGGGCUGUUCGGAUAGCAGGGGGACCAGAGUUUGCCGAUCAGAUAGCGAGCAAAUACGGUUAUAAAAACCUGGGGCAGAUUGGCGACCUGAAGGACUACUACCACUUCUUCCACAGCCGGACGAUAAAAAGGUCGACGCUGUCCAGCCGAGGCAUACACAGCUUCAUCUCCAUGGAGCCAAAGGUGGAGUGGAUCCAGCAGCAGGUGGUGAAGAGGCGGGUAAAACGAGAUUAUAAACCGUCGUACCCGGGUAUUGUGAAGUCCAGCCCGGUCCAAUCCAAUUUAAUUUACUUCAAUGAUGCUAAAUGGAGCAGCAUGUGGUACAUACACUGUAAUGAUAACAUCCAUAACUGUAAAUCCGACAUGAAUAUUGUGGGUGCCUGGAAGAAGGGCUACACGGGAAAAGACGUGGUGGUCACUAUUCUGGAUGAUGGGAUUGAGAGAAACCACCCAGAUCUUGUACAAAACUAUGACAACCAGGCCAGUUAUGAUGUCAAUGGAAAUGACUUGGACCCCAUGCCCAGAUAUGACGCCAGCAAUGAGAACAAGCAUGGCACAAGGUGUGCUGGUGAAGUGGCAGCAUCCGCUAACAACUCUCACUGCACUGUGGGUAUUGCCUACAAUGCCAAGAUCGGGGGUGUCCGUAUGUUGGAUGGAGACGUGACUGACAUGGUGGAAGCUAAGUCGCUGAGUCUGCAGCCACAGCACAUUGACAUCUACAGCGCAAGCUGGGGCCCCGACGAUGACGGCAAAACUGUGGAUGGGCCCGCCUCCCUCGCCCGACAGGCUUUUGAGAACGGCAUCCGACUGGGCAGGAAGGGAAGGGGUUCUAUCUUUGUGUGGGCAUCAGGUAAUGGAGGACGCAGUCGAGAUCACUGCUCGUGUGAUGGCUACACCAACAGCAUCUACACCAUCUCCAUUAGCAGUACAGCAGAGAGUGGUCGUAAGCCCUGGUACUUGGAAGAAUGUGCCUCCACCCUCACCACCACCUACAGCAGUGGCGAGAACUAUGACCGCAAAAUUAUCACUACAGACAUACGACAGCGCUGCACAGACAGUCAUACUGGAACCUCAGCUUCUGCUCCGAUGGCAGCUGGGAUCAUUGCUCUGGCUCUUGAAGCAAAUCCUCUGCUGACAUGGAGGGAUGUACAGCACAUCAUUGUGAAAACAUCUCGUGCAGGUCACCUCAGUGCUCCUGACUGGAAAACCAACGCAGCAGGAUACAAUGUAAGCCAUCUAUAUGGGUUUGGGCUCAUGGAUGCAGAGGCCAUGGUCAAAGAAGCUGAGCAGUGGAAACAGGUCCCCUCUCAGCACAUAUGUGUAGAGAAUGCUGACAGGCAGAUAAGGACAAUCCGCCCAGAACACGUGGUUCGGUCUGUGUACAAGGCGACAGGCUGCACAGACAACGCAAAUCAUCAUGUCAUUUAUUUGGAGCACGUGGUUGUGCGCAUCACCAUCACUCACCCACGACGAGGGGACCUGUCAAUUAACCUGACUUCGCCGUCUGGAACUAAGUCCCAGCUCCUUGCCAACAGGCUGUUCGACCACUCAAUGGAGGGCUUUAAGAACUGGGAGUUCAUGACCACCCAUUGCUGGGGAGAGAAGGCUGCAGGAGACUGGAUUCUUGAGAUCUACGACUCACCCUCUCAAGUUCGAAGUCAGAAAGCUCCAGGCAAGCUGAAGGAGUGGUCUCUGGUGCUUUAUGGUACCUCUGUGCACCCGUACUCCUUCAGGAAUGACAAACCUCGUUCAGUGGUAGAGCCUCAGGGUGAGGAGGAGUACAGUGAGGAGUAUGUGGGCCCCUGUGACCCAGAAUGCAGUGAGAACGGCUGUGAGGGCCCUGGGCCCCAUCAUUGCAUCAACUGCCUGCACUACUUUCUCAAGUUCAAGAACAACACUAGGAUGUGUGUGCCUGAGUGUCCGUCUGGCUUUUUUCGGGACGAUAAGAGGCGCUGUAAAAAGUGCUCACCUCUGUGCGAGUCCUGCGUUGGCAGUCGCAUCGAUCAGUGUACUUCUUGCCGGCCUGGUCUCUACCUCCGAGAGGGAGCCCACACGUGCGUCUACGCUUGCCCCGAGGGUUUCUACCUGGACCUUGACGCCAGCAUGUGCCGGAAAUGCAGCGAGAACUGCAAGAUCUGUACCACGGCAAACAUCUGCACAGAGUGCAAGCCGGGCCUCAGCCUACAGGGGAAUAAGUGCCAGAUGACAUGUGAGCCUGGCACCUACUAUAAUGGGCACAAACGGAUAUGUGAGCAGUGCCAUCCAGCUUGUGCUACCUGUGCAGGUACUGGUAUGGAGGCAUGCAUUAAAUGUGCAGAGGGCUACUAUCUAGAAGAGUGGCGCUGUGUUUCCAGCUGUAGCGUGGGAUACUACAUGUCAGAGCAGACUGCAGAGAAUGGGGACAUCCAGAAGUCCUGUCGCAAGUGUGAUAAUACAUGCUACACGUGCACAGGCCCUGGGGACAGCAAUUGCAGCACCUGUGUGAAUGGCUAUAACCUAGAAAACGGCGUGUGUUUUGUCAGCACUAUAUGCAAAGAUGGUGAAUAUAUAAGUGAAACUGGAAAAUGUAAAACAUGUGACAUUACUUGCUACAAGUGUGCAGGACCAAAGAGAGAUGACUGCCUCAGCUGUGGGGUUUCCAGAAUACUUGAUGAGGGACGGUGUGUGAUGAAUUGCGAUUCUGGGAAAUAUCAGAGGGACGAUCAGUGUCAUCGCUGUCACCAUACAUGCCAGGACUGUGAUGACCAGGGUCCUGACAAAUGCACCACUUGCAGCAAAGAUAAGUUUGAGGUGGAGCGCUACCUGUUUGGACGCGAGUGCCGUGGUCACUGCCCACAGGGCCACUACCAUUCCACGAAGAGCACGUGCGAGCCGUGUCCGGCCAACUGCGUGGUGUGCGUCACUGAGCGCCACUGCGUCCGCUGCGCUUCUCACUACUACCCCAAGCAGGGGGUGUGUGUCAAACUGGAAUGUGCAACGGAUGAGGUGGCCAACACAGAAAAUGAUGACUGUGUUCCCUGUGAAGAAGGCUGCCAGAAGUGCCUCAGUGUAAAUCGGCAGCACUGCGUGUCCUGUUUGGAAGGCUAUUACCAAUUGGAGGCAAGCUGCUACAAGAUCUGCCCCGAGAGAACAUUUGGAGAUGACGCUAGCAUGACAUGCAGUCAGUGUGACGACCAGUGUGUCAACUGUGAUGGGUCUCAGUGUUACCUUUGUGAAGAGGCUUUCUUCUUGUCAGCAGACAGCACAUGUGUGAGUCACUGUGAGGAAGGUUUCUAUGGAGAUUCCAGACGUGAGUGCGAGCCCUGUCACCGCGACUGUCGCUCAUGUGGUGGCCCGUUCUUCAACGACUGUGACUCCUGUGAAGAUGGCAUGCGCUUAGUCGAUGGGCAGUGCAUCAACAUCAGCAAAGCCGUCAGCUGUGCCAACUUUCACUUCGUUAACAGGCAGGGAGAUUGUGAACAGUGUCAUCCUGCCUGCAAGUUGUGCUGGGGGUCUCACGUUGACCAGUGCAGUGCCUGUAAGGAUGACAAGUUUUUGGUUGCAGACAGGCAUACAUGUGUAUCACCCUGCCCUGCCGGUACAUUUGGGAACAGGACGAGUGGGCACUGUGAGUCCUGCCCAUCAGGCUGCCUUGCGUGCCAGGAUGCUCAUCACUGCCUCAAGUGCCAGUCAGGCCCAGGUCACCUCUACGUACAGAACGGCUCAUGUGUUGCAGAGUGCCAGAAGGGUUACCCUGACGGCGGAGUGUGCCAUGCCUGUGCCAUGCACUGCGCUUCUUGUGAGGGCGAUGCCCAGCACUGCCUGAGCUGUGAGCAGCAGUACCUGCUCUACAGCCAAACGUGCGUGGCCCAUUGCCCCGAGCGCUACUAUGUCAUGGGCGAUGCAUGCGAGCGGUGCCCUGCCGACUGCAGAACAUGCCGCGGAAGAGGCCAGUGCAGUGAAUGUGAGGAGUACAAUUUCCUGCAUGAGGGCAGAUGUUUGGACCAGUGCCCCAGAGGCUACUUCACAGAUGUGCAGGAAAAGAAGUGCACACGCUGUCAUGCCGACUGCACAGACUGUGACGGGCAUGACGAAGACAACUGCAUAUCAUGCCAGGAUCCCGUGGCCGUCCUCUACAAUGGAGCAUGUCUCCACACCUGUCCUUCCGAUACGUACCAGGACAAGACUGAGUGCAGGGCCUGUGACAGGUCCUGCUUGACGUGCUCUGGGCCGGGCCCUGCCUCGUGCCUGAGCUGCGGGCCCCGCGCCAGGAUGGCUGCUGAAGGACGCUGCCAAUUUGCCAGCAACUGCUCCCAGAGCACGUUCGACAACAAGCACGGCCACUGCCUGCCGUGCCAUCCCAGCUGUCUCCUUUGUGCGGAGGCCGGACCGCGCCAAUGCGUGGGCUGCUACGCCGGCCAUUUCCUGCAUGAUCGCACGUGCGUCGCUACAUGUCCGGAUGGUUACUAUGGUGAUGAUGAAAGGCGCAAGUGUACCAAGUGCUAUGCGACCUGUGCCACGUGCAGCGGGCAUCACAGUACCAACUGCCUCAGCUGCAAAGCGGGCCACUUCAAGAGGGAAGGCAGCUGUGUGGCGAAAUGCCCUUCCAGGUGCAGGGCGUCAAGCUCAUCCCCUCGCAGGGACACUGCUUUGCUUCUCUCGCCACUUGUGUCUUCCAGUGGGAUGCUUGGUGGUCUAAAUCUAAAUUGUGGCUUUGUGCAUUUUUUUUUUCUUUUCUUUUUUCUCAGUUUCUAUGGCGAUGCAGCCAAUGGAACCUGCGAGCGCUGUGACCCGUCUUGUACUGAAUGCUCAGGUGCCGGCAACAGCCACUGCCUGGCCUGUGGAGAGGGCUACUCUCUGUUCCAGCAGGAUGGCGUCUGUCUGCACGUGUGCCCGCCCCACUACUUCCGCGACACUCAGAAAAACGUGUGCCAGCGCUGCCACCCGCAAUGCAAGACCUGCAAAGGAUCAGGAUUGCUUUUCUGCACGUCCUGCUACGAAGGCUUCAGACUCAUAGGAGGAAUAUGCUCAUCUUUGUGUAUGGCUGGAAUGUAUGCCAUCUCCACGAAUCCAGAUACAUGUGCGGCAUGUGACCUGUCCUGUUUUGAGUGUAAAGGACCAGGGCCCUACAAUUGCAUCAGCUGUCAUGCUCUAGAGCGCCUCUCAGAGGAUGGGAGGUGUUUAUUUUGCUGUGGACAGGACAAACGUAUGGACUCCUCACCACUUCCUUGGGAGUGCUGUGACUGUCAAAAUGGUUCGUCCUUCGAUGAGUGCAUCCUCGGGGUCAACUUCAAAUUCCGUAGCCAAGAGGAGGUGCCUGUCGGUAGUCCCUCCCUUGUUGUUGCGCUAGUGAUAUUCCUGUUCCUGGGCUUGGGUUUUGGGGUCUUUCUCUUCCUGCACUGCCGCCCAAAGAUCCCUCCCUUGUCCCUCGUCAAAUCCAACGGCUACGCGAAACUCGACAAAGAGCCUGCCUUCACCACUGCCACGCUCAGAGACAGCAUUCAGACAGAGUACUUUGAUAAGGUCGAAGGUGUUGAUGACGAGGAUGAGGACGAGAUUGUGUACAUGGGGCAGGAUGGAAUGGUAUAUCGAAAAUUUAAGUACAGCCAUUUGGAACAGGAAGAGGAGGAUAUGGAGCUGGAAUAUGACUACUCCAUCCAUAAUUUCCAAUGAAGACAUUGGAGCUCAAAUCUUCAGUAGCCCUUAUGCAAUUUUGUGGGCUGCUAAGAAAUUAUUUAUUAAAAGUGUCUUAAGAAGUGAAAAUGAGAACAAAGAAUAAAAGGGUAAUUAUUUUGGAAUUAUUUGUGAACCACUGAUGGUGCGUCAGAGUAUGCGCUAUAAAUGCUCUUUCUACUAGAGGCUGGAAAAUACCAUUGUAUACUGAUAUCAGGAUGUACGAUUGUGUAGGGCAAAAAGUGAUGGAAGUGUAUUUUGAUCCCUAUAUAUAGUAUUCAUUGUGACUUUGGCCCAGUUUGAAAUAUUGGAGCGUAUUUUAAAUAUUCAAAUACAUUAUACAUUUAAUCAAAUAUAUUGCAUCAAAAUUAGAAGUAACCUAUAAAUUAGUCUGUUUUGAACAAAACGUAGCAUAAGAUAUUUCAAUCAAUACUUUAAUACUUCGACUUCUUAUGAAUGUGUACUAUAUGAAUACACUGUAUUGUACACAUAUAAAUUAAAAGGGAAAAAUUCAUUUUAAUAGUAAUACCAUUGUACCUCUAUUAACCAUAUUUUGUCAGUAGUAUACAACUAUAAUUUUCUGAACAGCAUUCCAAUAAAUAAACUGUAAAUGAGGAUAAAAACA